AUGGUGAGCUUGGUUCUGGUGUGGCCCCAGGCACUCAACCCUUCAGAGCCUGGGGCCUGGGAUGCUGCUGUGCUGGACUCCCCAGCUUGGAGAAACGAUGUCCCCAGCCCAUCUCCAGUGUCUGUCCCAGGGAGCUGGAGGCAGAGGCACUCCUUCCUGAAGGCCCAGGAGGAGGAGAAAGAGGAAGGUGAGGAAGAGGACCAAUAUGAGCUGCCCCCCUGUGAGGCUCUGACCCUCAAGAUCGCCCCUGCGCAUCUCCCGGGCUCGGAGGAGAACUCGCUAUAUCUGAAUCACGCCGGGCCCCUGAGCCCCUCCAAGCCUCCAACUCCACCGCUGCCUCCACCCCCUCCUCUGGUCCAAUCCCAGCCCACAACGCUGAAGGCAACUCCCGAGGGGAUGACGAAGCAGGGCCUGCCCUUCAGGAGACCAGAGCUGAGCACACCUGCCAACAUGGUGCCAGGUCUACCAAAGACACCAGAUGAGGACAUCUACGUGGAGUGUGAACCUGAUCCAGUCCCAGCCCUGACUCGGACUCUGAGCUCCCAAGUCCUGGUGCCCCCGGUCCCUCUGCCAAGGACAUCAGUGGUGCCCAGGUCCGCCACAACCCCCUGGGAAGCUCGGCAUGGAACAGGGGAUGCUGCCUUCAAAGGGUCUGCCCCAAAGCAGAGACCUCCCAGUGUGUACCCCAAGAGCACCCCUCAUUUGGAGGUCACACAAGGUCUAGUUGCAGGAAGGAAACCCUCUCUUCCCUCUUCAACUCCCACAAGACACAGCUCAGCUCCUGAAGAGGACAACCUGCUGGGCCAGCCGUGGUACUCAGUGAACUGCAACCGCCAUGCUGUGGAGACAGCCCUCCUCCGGGUGCAAAAGGACGGGGCCUUCAUCGUGCGCCCCAGCUCAGAGCCUCAGGGCCCCCAGCCCUUCACCCUGGUGGUGCUUCUCCACGGCCACGUCUUCAAUGUUCCCAUCCGGCAGGUGGAUGGCGGGCGCCACUAUGCCCUGGGCCGGGAGGGCAAGAGUCCCAAAGAGGUCUUCACCUCGGUGACCGCCAUGGUUCAGCACUACACGCAGCACCCUUUGCCCCUGGUGGACAGACACAGCGGCAGCAGGCAGUUCACCUACCUGCUCUUCCCUGCCGGGCCCUGACACCCUGACUGAUGGACAGGCCCUUGUCUGGGCUGCCCCUCCCUUUCAGUUCCUCCCCUUCCCAGCAGGCUUUGGGAGAGGUUGUCCAGAGAGGGAAAAGGGCACUGACCUAGUCUCCUUGGUGCAUCUGCAAGGCAGGAUGCCAUUCUCCACUUCCGAGAGUGACUUAUCCGUCUGGGCAACUGCUCUGGGUGGAGACAUGGCAGUGGCCUAGAGAAGUCGCCGUCCUUAGGCAGGUUGACUUGCAUAGGGACGACACAGGCCCUGGUCAAACAGCAACGGAAAUCCAUCCCCAUGCUCUUGGGGGCCUAGCUGAACUUGGUCGCUCUGCAUGAC